CGAAAAAGUUUUUAAAUUUGUAACAAACUCUAUUCACCCCCCCCUUCUAGACUUUGUAUCUCACCACUUUGGGACCACCAAUUAGUAUCAGAGCAAACUUCUCACUAUCUACAUUUAGAUUAACGAGGAGCGAUCAUAAUGGUGAACAAUAUGGAUCACGGUUUGCCCAAGUUCUCUCUUCUAGGUUAUGAUGAUUGGAAGAUAAUGAUGGAUGCACAUCUCUACGCUCUACAUGAUUGCAUGUGGAUGGUGCUUGAGGAUGGACCCUUGAAAAUUCAAAUGGAGAAUCCUGCAGAAACUCUAGAUGUAGUCCAGUACAUUCCAAAGCCCAAAGAAAAAUGGGAUGAUAGAGAUUGCAAAAAGCAUAAUCUGGACAACGUCGCCAAAGCAGCCAUCUUUAAGACACUUGAUCCCAUCACCUUCUCCAAGAUCAAGCAUCUCAAGACUGCCAUGGAGAUUAGGCAAGGUCUUGGGAAGCUAUGUGAGGGAUCAGAGGACUUGAGAAAGCAGAAGAUAGAAGUCCUGCUUGAGAAGUUCAAAAGCUUCAAAAUGCUUCCCGGAGAAUCAUUUGAUAUGUUGGAUGAAAGAUUCCACAAAAUCUUGAAUGAUCUUGCAUCACUUAACCACGUUCUCUCUCCCAAGGAAAAGAAUGUGAGGUUACUGAGAUCACUUCCAAUUGAGUGGUACACCAAAGCCACAGCCAUGGAAGAAGGAAGAAAUCUGGAGAACUACACUGUCCAAGGUCUCCUUGAUGAGCUCAGAACCUAUGAGCACGAGCUGAAGAAAAAGAAGGAAGAACAGGUCACUCCCUUCCCUACGGCAUUGAUGACGACUCCAAAAGUCCCAUCAACAUGCCCGUACCCAAAGGUGGAGAAGUACGGAGAAAGAGAAAGGAACGAGAAGAAAAAGAAGGCAAUGGUUGCUGCUGAAAGUGACGAGUCACCUAGAUCAAGUUCAGAUGAAGAAGCCCUCGUCUGCAUGGAGCGCAGAGCUGAGAAGUCCAACCAUGAAGAUAAGUGGACUAUGUCAGAAGAUGACACUCUCUGUCUAAUGGCCAAAGAUGAUGCUGAUCAAGAGGUAACUUCACAAACCUCCUGCUCAUCUUCUUAUGAAAGCAUAUCAACUUUUGAAAAUCUUUUUGACCAGUUCAAAAAGAUGAUGGAAGAUUUUGAGGAAAUAAAUCUCAAACAUUCAUCCUUAACAGAGGAGAACAAACUAUUGAGUGAAGAGAAUCUCAAGUUGACUGAAAGUCGGAAAAGUCAACUGGAUGAGAUCACUCAACUCAAGACUGAAAAUGAAUCUCUCUCUGAAAAGGUGAAAUCCCUUAACAAGGAGCUAGGGAUACUUAAGUCCAAAGAAGCAGUGGAUAAGCUUCUUGAAACGACCAAACAUAAGGGUCGUGAAGGACUUGGGUUUGACCCCUUUAGUUCCAAAAGGAAAGGGAGAACAACUUUCAUCCCUCCUAAACCUACUGCCAAACCAAAUAAGCAGAAAGGAAAGGAAAAGGAGAAGCCAACAGAAGUUCCCAAAAAGGUAGUCCCUCCUAAGAACUAUAGGAAGAUGGACAGACCUCAAUGAAGAAAUAAUCUCAGAAGAAAACCUUCUAUCCCCUACUAUACACAAGGCUAAACUCAUUAUGUGGUAGAUAGGAGUUUUCCAAGAAAUUCUGAGUGGAGAA